UGAUUUAGCGUGCAUAUUAAAGUGCAGCCAGCACUUUUGAGCUCAAACUGUACAUGGACUAACGAAUAUAAUUUUUGAACCCUAUGUUGAGAUGGCUUUCGUCGCUUUCGCUGUCUGUUUGACAGUAGCUGCUUCCCAAUACAUCGAUGCUAAAAUCGGACACGGUUUCGGACAUGGUGUUGGUGUCUUUGGAAACGGAAAUGGUAAAGGAUUUGGAAGAGGACAUGCCGGUGUUGGACAUGGUCUUGUUGGUGUAGGAGCUAUUGGCAACGGACUCAACCAUGGUAUUAGACAUGGUAUCCAAGGAAACCGACUCAGACACGGAAUAGUAGCUGUUGGCAAAGUCGGUGUUAUUAGUAACGGAAUUGGUCAUGGUAUUGUUGGUAACGGUAUCGGACACGGUAUUGUUGGAAACGGAAUUGGUCAUGGUAUCGUUGGUAACGGUAUCGGACAUGGUAUCAUUGGAAACGGAAUCGGACACGGACUUAUUGGACAUGGAAAGAUUGGUAACGGCAUUGGGCAUGGCAUCGUUGGUAACGGUAUCGGACACGGUAUUGUUGGAAACGGAAUUGGUCAUGGUAUCUUUGGUAACGGUAUCGGACAUGGUAUCAUUGGAAACGGAAUCGGACACGGACUUAUUGGACAUGGAAAGAUUGGUAACGGCAUUGGGCAUGACAUCGUUGGUAACGGUAUCGGACACGGUAUUGUUGGACACGGAAUUGGUCAUGAUAUCGUUGGUAACGGUAUCGGACACGGUAUAAUUGGAAACGGACUUGUUGGACAUGGAAAGAUUGGAGCUUACAAACAAUCAUACAACUACAACGGGUACAACAACGGGCCAUACAACCGAUACAACAACGGACUAUACAAGUACAACCAAUACAAUAAUAAAGGAUACAAUAGUUACAACGGCCCCUACAAUUACAACAACGGUUACAACAAUGGCCACAAUAACAACGAAUAUGGGAAGGGAUAUAACAACUACAAUAACAACGGAUACGGUAACGGAUACAACAACUACAACCGUUAUCCUUCUUACAAUAACUAUCAAGGUUGCGGUUACAACAAAUAUUAAGACAAUACGGCUAUUUGAUAGCAUAAUAUUACCAUAGCUUUAAUACUUAUAAAUACUAGUAUAUAGUUUCUAUUGUUCAUGCAUAAUGUAUAUAUGUAAA